AGGCAUGUCUGUUGGCGCCCCGCGCCCAGAGCCUAAGCCGGAGCCAGAGACUCGUAGCUGCUGUCCCAUGGCAGGGUCCCCGCGCCGCGCCGGCAGCCUGCGACUGCAGCUCCCCAUCCUGUGCCUCCUCCUCCAGGGCGCCACCGCCAUCCUCUUUGCUGUUUUUGUCCGCUACGACGACGAAACCGAUGCUGCCCUCUGGCACGGGGGCAACCAUAGUAGCCCGGACAAUGAAUUUUACUUUCGCUACCCAAGCUUCCAGGACGUGCACGCCAUGGUGUUCGUGGGCUUCGGCUUCCUCAUGGCCUUCCUGCAGCGUUACAGCUUCAGCAGCGUGGGCUUCACCUUCCUCCUGGCUGCCUUUGCCCUGCAGUGGUCCACACUCAUCCAGGGCUUCCUGCACUCCUUCCAUGGCAGCCACAUCCAUGUUGGCGUGGAGAGCAUGAUUAAUGCUGACUUCUGCGCUGGGGCUGUGCUUAUCUCCUUUGGUGCUGUACUGGGCAAGACUGGGCCGGCCCAGCUGCUGCUCAUGGCCCUGUUGGAGGUGGCACUGUUCGGCAUCAAUGAGUUUGUGCUCCUUAGUCUCCUGGGGGUAAAGGAUGCAGGAGGCUCUAUGACCAUCCACACCUUUGGUGCCUACUUCGGGCUGGUCCUCUCACGGGUCCUUUAUAGGCCCCAGCUGGAGAAGAGCAAGCACCACCGCCUGGGCUCCAUCUACCAUUCCGACCUCUUUGCUAUGAUUGGGACCCUCUUCCUGUGGACCUUCUGGCCUAGUUUCAACUCUGCACCCACUACGCUGGGGGAUGGGCAGCAUCGGACAGUCCUCAACACUUACUACUCCCUGACCGCGAGCACCCUCAGCACCUUUGCCUUGUCAUCCCUUGUCGGGGACAAUGGGCGGCUGGACAUGGUCCACGUCCAGAAUGCUGCCCUGGCUGGAGGGGUUAUUGUGGGGACAUCAAGUGAAAUGCUGCUGACACCCUUCGGGGCUCUGGCAGCUGGAUUCCUGGCCGGAACUGUCUCCACACUGGGGUACAAGUUCUUCACGCCCAUCCUUGAGUCAAAAUUCAAAGUUCAAGACACAUGCGGCGUUCAUAAUCUUCACGGGGUGCCUGGCGUCCUGGGAGCCCUGCUGGGGGUCCUCGUGGCUGGGCUGGCCACCCAUGAAGCUUAUGGAGAUGGCCUCCACAGCGUGUUUCCACUCAUAGCUGAGGGCCAGCGCAGUGCCACGUCUCAGGCCAUUUACCAGCUCUUUGGCUUAUUUGUCACACUGACGUUUGCCUCUGUGGGCGGGGGCCUUGGAGGGCUCCUACUGAAGCUGCCCUUCCUGGAUGCACCCCCAGACUCCAAGUGUUACGAGGACCAGAUUUACUGGGAGGUGCCUGGUGAGCGUGAGGAUGAAGCCCAGGGACCUCUGAGGCAGGAGGAGGCAGACACUGAGGCCUAACUUGCUUCCCUUGAGAGGAUGCUGUUCGUUUAGAAGAAAAUGACUGGCUACAACUGGGAAGUUAUUUCGUAGCUCCCAUCCUUCCUACUGCAGGAAAGAAGUCACAAGCUAGAGGAGACUCCUUUCCAGCACUAGGAGAAUGACUGUGGAAGGCCUGGGAGAUGGUGGAGGAGCAGGGCUGUAACUGGUUGUGGGGGGGGAGAACCCCCCGGCAGCCUCACCACCACCAUCACCCUCCACCCCACAACCUGCAAGUGAGGCACCAAGGGACUGCUGAUCCAUUGGUCCAGCAUCCCACAGUUAAACAGUGUGAGCCAGGGCCUGGCUCUCCGAGGGUGAUAAACACCA